AUGGCAACUACUUCAUCAAGCCUAUUGUUGUGGCCAAGUUUCCGAUUGAAUUGUAAUCGAAAACCCAAUUUCAAGGCAAGAGCCCAGAUUUCUGGUGAAAGCAGGAAGGCGACAUCAGUGAAACCUGUGAACGGUUUGGUCUCUGCGUUUAGCGUCAAAAACCCGAAAGGGAAUGAUAUUUUGGGAAAUGAAGUGAAUCAAAAAGUAAAAUCCUUAGUGAGCGAUGAAAUUGAGCUUUUAUGGGAUGAUGGGUAUGGCUCCAAAUCUGUGAAGGAUUACUUUGCGGCUGCUAAAGAGAUCUUGAAGAAACCUGACGGUGGAGCUCCACGGUGGUUUAGUCCCGUUGGAUGUGGCCAACCUGUCAGGGAUGCACCUACGUUACUCUUCUUACCUGGGCUCGAUGGCACAGGGAUGGGUCUUGUUCCUCAUGAGAAAGCUCUUGGGAAGGCUUUUCAUGUUUGGUGCCUGCAUAUUCCUGUACAUGAUCGAACUCCAUUCGAAGGGCUGAUGAAGAUAGUCGAAGAUGUUUUGAGGCAGGAGCAUGCUACACGUCCGAAUAAGCCAAUAUAUCUCGUUGGCGAUUCCUUUGGAGGAUGCCUGGCUCUUGCUGUUGCUGCCAGAAACCGUUCUCUAGACUUGGUGUUGAUACUAGUCAAUCCAGCCACAUCAUUUGAGAAGUCACAGCUACAGCCAUUGCUACCCAUAUUAGAGAUGGUGCCAGAGGAGCUUCAUUUUACUGUUCCAUAUGCUCUAAGCUUUAUCAUGGGUGAUCCAAUAAAAAUGACUACAAUUGGUAUCGACAACCAACUUCCAGCAGGAAUAAAGAUGAAAAAGUUGAGAGAGAAACUUACUAAUUCUAUGCUUCCACUUCUCUCUGAUCUCAGUGAAAUUAUUCCAAGGGAAACUUUACUUUGGAAGCUGAAGUUGCUGAGAUGUGGUGCUGCUUAUGCCAAUUCUCGCAUCCAUGCAGUUGAAGCCGAAGUCUUGGUCCUUGCUAGUGGAAAAGACAGGAUGCUUCCGAGCCAAGAAGAAUCGAAGCGACUUCAUGGUGUACUAAAAAACUGUACAGUUCGAAUCUUCAAGGAAAAUGGGCAUACUCUUUUACUGGAAGAUAGCAUCAGUUUGCUCACGGUUAUAAAAGGUACAUGCAAGUACCGGCGCUCCUGGAGAUAUGAUUGUGUUUCUGAUUUCUUGCCUCCGAGUCAGGGGGAGUUGGAUUACGCCCUUCAGGAACUGCUCGGAUUCUUACGAAAUGCUGUUAGUUCUGUGUUUCUGUCAACUAUGGAAGACGGGAGAAUAGUGAAAGGACUUGCUGGUGUUCCAGAUGAAGGUCCGGUGCUACUUGUUGGUUACCACAUGUUGAUGGGCUUGGAACUUUGUCCACUGUCCGAGGCAUUUAUUAAAGAGAAAAACAUUCUCUUUCGUGGAAUGGCCCAUCCGGUUCUGUAUUCAGAAAAUGACUCAGAGAAGGAUUUUGGUUACGUAGACUGGAUUAAGGUGUUUGGUGCCUACCCUGUCACUGCAACCAAUCUUUUCAAGCUGUUAGCUUCUAAAGCUCAUGUUCUUCUCUACCCUGGCGGUGCACGUGAGGCUCUCCAUAACCGGGGUGAACAAUACAAACUGAUUUGGCCUGACCAGCAAGAGUUUGUAAGAAUGGCAGCAAAGUUUGGUGCAACAAUAGUGCCGUUUGGAACAGUUGGUGAAGACGAUAUAGCUGAAUUGGUUCUUGAUUACAACGACCUGAUGAAGAUUCCAAUUCUCAAUGAUUAUAUCUCGGAUGUAUCUCGCGAUGCCAAACAACAAUUUAAACUGAGGGAAGAAUCAAGUGGAGAAGUCGCAAAUCAGCAGCUCUACGUACCAGGACUCUUACCGAAAGUCCCUGGUCGAUUCUAUUACCUGUUUGGGAAACCGAUACAGACUAACGGAAGACCGGAACUUCUGAAAGACAAAGAAGCAGCGAACCGGGUUUACUUGGAGGCGAAAGAGGAUGUUGAGAAAAGCAUAGCCUACUUGUUAAAGAAACGAGAGGAAGAUCCAUACAGAAGUGUUUUAGACAGAUUGAGUUACAGUUUGACUCACCUUCCUGAAAAUGACGUUCCUUCUUUCAAACCAUGA